AAUAGAAGCGUAGUACAAUUUUUAGCGCCUUUAAAAGGGUCAAUAACAUCAUUAUUAACCUCUCACUAAUUAAGAUGUGUACUUAAAUUUAUCUUUUAUCUUAAUAUCAUCUCGUCCCAAUCACAUAAAGACCGGCGAAUUGAAAAUCUGUCUAUUGCACUUACUAAUCGCAGCUAGAUCAUGACCUCUUCGAAUAUUAUUUUAGUUUUGUCAAUUUUGGGAUUUUGUUGUUUUUGCAACUGUUUGGGACAAACAGUCGGUGUCGGGAACAGUCUCAGCUCCUUACCCUUCGAUUACGGCCUUAAUUUGAUUUACUUGAUCCAAAACUCGACCAUCAAACGACAAAUACAGAAAGCGGUGAGUGAAACGUGUUCGCUGCAGAUUGAUUGGUUUUUCGAAAAUCUGAACAAUGUGACUGAUGAUGGAAUGUGGGCAUUUAAAAUGCUGGAUUCCAGUGCUAAAGUGCCUGCAGGGCUGCUGAAGUUAAACCUGGGAGGAUGGAUGGGCGAUUUCGACCAAUGCCUGGAAAUCAGCAGCGAAAGACGACGAAUCAAAGGAAAAUACUGCCUGGGCACCCUGUACAUCAAUAUCGAAGAGGCAUUUGGCGCCGUUUCCGUACGCAGAAACCCUCAGGUUUUUCCAGUUGCUUUCAAUGGAUCUUUGCAGGAAAUUCUUCUGCGCAAGGUGAACCUUUUUGCGCAAAAAAAGUACAGCUUUCAAGACCAAUACCCGGUUGCUUCAUAUCCAUCGUUUGGUAUUUGUGUGCCUAAUGGUUGCAAUGAGCAAGAUUUGCAACAUGUUGUGGCCAGCUUCAAUCUAACGUUCCCCUUACCUUUUGAGUGCCAAACCUUCGAUGACGCCAAUCCGCCGCUUACCACCAAAGCGUGGUGUGUUAUAGGGUUUUUCGUUGUGAUUAUUGGACUAAUGGUAGGUUCCACUGCUUACGACCUGCAUUGCAGGAAGAGCUACAAAGUUAAGCAACUAUCGGGCCAAUUAGACGAUAAAAUCAUGCGGGUUGCCUCAGAGCCACAGCAUGCCAUUCUGGUGGCUUUUUCCGUCUAUUCCAACGGCAAGAAGCUCUUUAAGACCCAACGAAAUGCUUCUGAGCUGGCGUGUUUGAAUGGCAUUCGAGUUCUGAGCAUGGUUUGGGUUUUGGCUGGUCAUUCAGUCUCUGUUACAGUAUCCGGGCCUGUAUCGAACGCUUUGGAUGUUUUAGAGUACCUUGAUAGUACCAAAAGUAUGAUUUUCGUGAGCGCAGUCCAUUCAGUGGACACUUUCCUUAUGGUAACUGGGCUGUUGGUAGUCUACAGCCACAUGAAGGCGAAAGAGAACGGAACCAAAUUCAAGCUGCUGGUUUUCUACUUCCAUCGAUAUUUAAGAUUAACGCCCCCAUUUCUGGCUGCAAUUCUCGUCAGUAUGGCCCUGCUCCAGUACAUGGGAUCCGGUCCGCAUUGGUCGUUUAUUGUCAACUAUUUUCAAGUAUUUUGCGAAAAAAGCUGGUGGUCGGCUUUGCUCUAUUUCCAGAAUUACAUCAACGUAAAUCAAUGGUGUAUCGGCCAAACCUGGUACCUGAACAUCGAUUGGCAGUUGUACUUGUGCGCGCCCAUAUUUUUGCUCACUUUAAGUAAAAACGCGCGAUUGGGGUUGAUUCUUUUGAGUACCGCUCUGCUAAUCUUCACUAUUAUCCCAUUCUGGAUCACCUGGACAAACGAGCUGCCGGCCAUCAUCACCAAUCUACAUGGCGAUAUAACCGGAUAUCAACAGCUGUACUAUCUAAGAACGCAUACACGCGCUAGCCCAUGGUUUGUUGGGGCCAUUAUCGGCUAUCUGAUUGCAAGACUGAAGUUUGAUAAACUGCAAAAUCAGUUGAAAAUGAACAAAGCCUUGCUAUGGGGCAUCUGGUUGGUAGUUCUCACCCUGAUUCCCGUUUGUAUUUUCGUGGGCCACGACAGUUUGAGAUCGGAAUACUACAAUAAGUACGGAAACGCUUUUUACAACUCUUUGCUGCGUCCCACUUGGGCGGUUUGUAUUGGAUGGAUUGCGUUCGCCUGCUCUAAUGGAUACGGAGGCAUUAUCAACACACUGCUCUCGUUGCCAAUAUUUCAAAUCCUCAGCAGGUUUACCUACUCAGUAUAUCUUCUACAUGUUACCAUGCUCUAUAUGAUCAUUUACGCAUCGAAAACGCCGGCCUAUUUUUCCUUCUUUCAUGUCGCUUAUUCUUUCUGGGGCAUAACGAUGAUGGCCUUAGCUGUGUCAAUGUUUUGGGUGCUCGCCUUCGAAUCGCCAGUAAUCAUUAUAGAAAAGUGGUUGUUGUCGAAAUCUCAAUCCAGAAAGCUGGAUUUGGGCCAGGUAAAUCUUCCCAGAGAAAACACUCCUUUAUUGUUCCACAAGACUGUAUAACUACUGGAUAUUAAUAGCUACAUCUCUAUUUUUAAAGCUUCAAGUAAUUUUGCUUUUUGCAGGCAAAUAACUAGCAGGGGGGAUGCAUGGCCUGGCCAAAAACAUCAGUAUUCUGCAAACGAUGCAUGUCUACUAACAUUAAUCUGCAUUUUGCUACCGUUCUACUCAUUUACAAUUUAUUUCGCAUAUGCGAAAUGUUAAUGAAUUUAAUAACACUUGACUUUUUAAUUUUUAAUGAAUUUUUGUACAAUAAAAACAAAAUUGCAA